AUCGCCAUCGGCGCUCAUUUUAAGCGGUUGGUGUAGCCUCUCCUCGCCACCAUGCUCCUAACAGCGCGGCUGCUCCGAUUUGCGCUUAAGCAGGGCGCUCCUGCAAGCGCAACUCUGCAGCAGCGAGGCCUCCAUGCAUCUGGUGUGGUGCCGGCUCGUCGAAAUCGCAGAGGUUCUCCCAGCAGCGCGUCCUCCAAGCAAUCGGCAGUCUACCAAGGCGGCGAGGAUGACGACGGGGAGUUUGGCAAGUGGUUCGAGGAGAUGCAGAAGCAGUACCCGAGCAAGGCUUCGUCCCACGAGGAGGAGCUACCAGACACGAUGGAACUAGUCGACGACGAACAAAACGAACUCGACGAUGACGAAGAGCCCGAUGAAGAGACCGAGAAUUUUUUAGAAGAAGCAGAGGAGCUGUUUCGCCUGAGCCCGGCCGAAUUUCAGAAGCGAAUGGA